UCCAUUCAAAGAAAACCGAAAAUGGCGGUCGAGUCCCAUAAGACAGAAAACCCAACGGUGAUCGCUCCACCCAAACCAAUAAUCAUAUCUGCAGAGAUCGGGAGGAGAAUGGAUCCACCCCUCAUUGAAUCUCAGCCAUGAUCAGAGGAAACGUCGAUUAUCCGGAUACACUAAAAUCAACCCACAAUUGAAGUAACGGCGUAAGAGAUUGAUCUUAUAAAUGGCGAAUUUCUUAUCUCAGUUUCAGUCCAUCAAAAAUUCUUGCGAUCGCCUCAUCAUUGCAAUUGACGAUGUGAGUGAUUUGUGGCCCCUUGUGAAGGAAGGAUUUGAGAAACGGCUUCCAUUUAAAAGAGCUACAUUGAACAACAAAACCCGAAAUCCUGUGACUGUAGAUAAUCUUCCAGCCGAGUUUAUCUUAGCAUCAGAUCAAAGGGUCAGAAGUCGUUUCCUUCCAGAGCAACCAUUGUUUUGGUUUAAAGAACCAUAUGCAACUGUGGUUCUUGUGACCUGUGAGGAUCUGGAUGAGUUCAAAACAAUUCUGAAACCACGUCUGAAAUUAACCUUGCAAAAUGAUGAGAAACAGUGGUUCAUUGUGUUUGUGUCUAAAGCUGCACCCAAUAAUGACCAAGCAUACAAGAUGGCACAAAAAGUUUAUGGAAGACUUGAAGUUGAUUUCAACUCAAGAAAAAGGGAAAGGUGCUGCAAAUUGGAUCUACAUGGACCUGAAACAACAACUUUUUGGGAAGAUUUACAGCUCAAAAUCAUGGAGUGCAUUAGAAACAGUCUUGAUAGGCGUAUCCAGUUUUAUGAGGAUGAGAUUCGAAAGCUCAGUGAACAACGUUUUAUGCCUAUUUGGAGUUUCUGUAAUUUUUUCAUUCUCAAGGAGAGCCUGGCAUUCAUGUUUCAAAUGGCUCAUCUUAAUGAGGAAUCAUUGCGCGAAUAUGAUGAACUAGAGCUCUGUUAUUUGGAAACAGUUAACAAUGCAGGAAAACAAAGGGAGUUUGGAGGAAUAGACCAUGGAGAUGAUCAAGCUGCAAUAUUAAACCCUAACAACAAACAACUGUCACAAAUUGUUGAAGAUGAUUCCUUUAGGGAGUUUGAAUUUCGACAAUACCUUUUCUCCUGUCAAGCUAAGCUGUUAUUCAAGCUAAAACGUCCAUUUGAAGUUGCAUCAAGAGGGUUUUCAUUCAUUGUUAGCUUCUCAGAAGCAUUGGCCUUACGUGAGAGUGGUUUGCCCUUCUGUAUGAGGGAAGUUUGGGUUUUAACUGCAUGCUUGGGGUUGGUCAACGCAACUGCUGACCAUUACAAGGAUGGAAUAGUGGCACCAGAGAUAGAAAAAGAAUUUUAUCGUGUAAAAGGAGAGUUGUAUACUCUAUGUCGUGUUAAGUUCAUGAGGCUUGCAUAUUUACUUGGGUAUGGAUCUGAUAUAGAAAGAAGUCCAGUCAACAGUGCUUCACUUAGCAUGUUGCCAUGGCCUAAGCCAGCAGUUUGGCCUUCAGUUCCCUCUGAUGCUGCAUCCGAGGUUCUUGUGAAAGAAAAAAUGAUGCAAGAAGCUACUCCAAGGAUCAAACAUUUUGGUAUUCAGAAGAAACCAUUGCCUCUUGAACCCUCUUUUCUUCUACAUGAAGCUAAUCGCCAAAAAAGCUCUCGUUCUACAGGUAAUAUGGAUGAUGAUUCAAACAUUACUUUUUCAUUCAUUGUUAUCCGUUUUGUUAACAUAUUACAUGAUGCCAGCUCAGAUUCCGAAGCACAAUCAUCUCAACAAAGGAAACUCGCUGAAGUUUUUGUGGCUUCUCAACAUGCUCUACGUAAAACUAUCUCCGAUCCUGGUUUAUGGAAGUCGUUGUCAUCUUUACAAGAGUUUGAGAAAAAGUAUCUGGAGCUAUCAAAGGGGGCUGCUGAUAACUACCAUCAUUCAUGGUGGAAAAGGCACGGAGUUGUCCUCGACGGCGAAAUCGCCUCCGUCUGCUUCAAAAACGGCAACCACGAUCUAGCUGCGAAAUCAUACGAGAAGGUUUGCGCGCUGUACUCCGGCGAAGGGUGGCAUGAUUUGUUAGCCGACGUACUCCCAAACUUAGCCGAAUGCCAGAAAAUCCUCAACGAUCGAGCCGGAUACCUUUCGUCAUGUGUGCGAUUGCUUUCACUCGAUAAAGGCUUGUUCUUAACAAACGAACGUCAAGCGUUUCAAUCAGAAGUCGUUCGUCUUGCUCAUAGCGAAAUGGAGGAUCCUGUUCCGUUAGAUGUGUCGUCGUUGAUAACAUUUUCCGGCAACUCAGGGCCGCCGAUGGAGCUUUGCGACGGAGAUCCGGGUUCGUUAUCUGUAACUUUAUGGUGUGAUUUUCCAGAUGAUAUCACUCUUGAAUCACUUAGUCUCACCUUAACUGCCACCAAUAACGCCGACGAAUGCGUCAAGGCAAUUAGAAGCGGUGAUGUAACGAUACUGAAGCCUGGGAGAAACACAAUCACGCUUUCUUUACCCCCACAGAAACCCGGUUCGUAUGUGUUGGGUGUUCUCACGGGGCAAAUUGGUCAUUUACGCUUUAGGUCUCAUGGUUUCUCGAGAGGUGGGCCCGCUGAUAGUGAUGACCUCAUGAGUUACGAUAAACCCACUCGACCCAUUCUGAAGGUGUUUAAACCAAGAUCACUUGUUGAUCUUUCUGCAAAAGUUUCAUCUGCGUUAUUAAUGAAUGAAGCUCAGUGGGUUGGAAUAAUUGUAAAGCCAUUUAAAUACUCCUUAAAAGGAGCUGUUUUGCAUAUCAACACUGGGCCUGGAUUGAAGAUUGAGGAGUCACAUGACAUAGAAAUGGAGACACAUUUUACUUCAGAUGAUGAUAAUAAUAAUAAUAAUAAUAUUAACAAUAAUAAUAAUGAUGAUGAUUCUGUUGUUCCAAAAGAAUUUUCUAAACUUACUCUUAAAAAUGGUAGAAUAGAGUUACCAGAUUGGGCAAGCAAUAUUGUUGGUGUUUUGUGGAUACCUGUGCGUGCCAUAAAUGAAGGACUACCAAAAGGAACAUCUGCAGGGGUAGUAUUGUCCCAAAGAGCAAAUGUAGUCGAUGGACUGAGGACAUUAGCUCUAAAACUUGAAUUUGGAGUGUCAAGAAAUCAGAUAUUUGAAAAGACAGUAGCUGUUCAUUUCACUGACCCAUUCCACGUCAGCACACGUGUGGCAGACAAGGGCAAUGAUGGCGCUUUGCUUUUGCAGGUGAUAUUACAGUCACAAGUCAAAGCCUCGUUGACUAUUCAUGAUGCAUGGUUAGAUCUACAAGAUGGUUCUGUUCAUGAUGGAAAACCAACAUCUGCAUUGUUUCCUCUCAUUGUUCCUCCAGCCUCUAGAGCUGGAAUUUUAUUUGAUGAAAAGAAAGCAUUGCAUCCUGACACAAUAUUAAAUAUUAAAUACAAAAUAUCGGGAGACAGAAAUCAUGGGUCUCACACUCCCGUAUCCUUGGAAACAAAAGCACAUGACAAUGAUGUAUUGACAUUCAGGAGUUCUCUUGAGUUACAACGACCUGUUCUAGAACCUUCUUUAGCAGUUGGUUUUCUUCCUCUUCCUUCAAAUGGUCUUAGAGUCGGCCAGCUUUUCACCAUGAAAUGGAGAAUCGAAAGAUUAAAGUUUUUUAAAGAUGAAACAGCUUCUGGUAACAACGACGAAGUAGUGUAUGAAGUGAAGGCGAAUUUAAAGAAUUGGAUGAUUGCCGGAAGGAAGCGAGGCCAUGCUCCCCUCUCCACAAAGCAAGGUUCAAGGAUCGAGAUUUCUAUAUUGUGUGUACCGCUAGGUGCUGGAUAUGUUCGGCCUCCACAACUGGAAUUGCCAAAUGUGAAUCGGGCAAAUAUAAUAUGCAAUCCUGCGGGACCACAUUUGGUGUGUGUCCUACCUCCGCCUUUGAGCUCAUCAUUUUGCAUUCCAGCGUGAUUUCGAUUUAAGAAAAAAAAAAUCAUGUUUUUUGUUUUUGGUGUGAUUGCAUUUGAUUCUAUAGAGAAUGAGUGACUAUGAAUAUGAUAAUCAAUUUUGUAGUUUUUAUUACCAACUUUUAACAUAAAAAGUUGAACUUUAUGUAAAGAAAUACAUUUUUUGGAUUUAUUAAUAACACCGGUUUUGUAGUUAUAUUUAGGGUUAUUGGAGAAAUCUCAGAUAUCACUCUGGUGGAUGUACUUUGUUUGUAGUGGUUGCUUUCUCCAACAACAGUUUCACGGGGGGAAUUUAGAUAAUAUUCAAUCUUUCAAGCUUGAGGCUCACCGGAAACUUACUUUUGGGUGACCUACCAAGUAGAGUAGCAAUUUAGAUUCCUAAAAUGUUUAGCAGCGUAAACUUUUCCCGGCAACACUAACCACCACCUUCAGCCGAUGAAUGGUGGUGAUGGUGGUGGGAGACGGAGGUCGUUGGUUUGGAAGACAUGUAGGCAAAUGGGUGGGGUUUCGAUAGGAGAAUGCCACAUCAUCAAUGCAAUGUCACAUUAGCGUCCAAGUGUAACCUAUGUGGACAUUAAGUAGACCACAUCAUCUAAAUAGACUCUCGAUAGAACAAGGUAAACAUUGUCUCCUAACAUACAUUAAGGGAGGUAUUAAGCAACACUCACUACCAUCUUAACAAGAGGAGAGAGAG